CUAACACGUAAUCACAUUUCGCCGAAAACACCGUCCUUGUCGCAUACCUCACGUUUGUAUAUAAAACAGAGAGAGAUAAGAUCAACAAAGAGUAGCAUAAGUCGUCUCUCUGUAUAAUAUUUAUUUCUCAAAACCAAUUUGGUGUUGCUCACCAACCUGAUUUUCUCUUCUACUUUCACACAGAACCCGUGUCGUGUCUUCUGGAACAGAGUUGUAUAAAGGGUUUUCUUUGUUUGUCUAAGGUUUUUUUUUGUGUGGUGGAAAAUGGAGAACAAGACCAGCAAUAAUGGAAACGAGGAUGGUCCAAAACAUAGCCAAGUGGUGAAGAUAAAGAGAGAAUUUGAGAAGAUAAGCCAGCCAUCGCUGAAGCAACCGGAGAUGAGAAGGGUCCUCUCCGAGAUUACGAGGCGUCAACGUUCACGUUCACCACUCGGCUUGGGAGAGAGAUCUAUUUCCGUUGGACACUGAUGCUGCAUGUUUGCCUUGGUAAUCAAAGAUGGAGAUGUAUAAUAAGAAGAAGAAGAGGAGGUUUUUAAUACUUGCAGACUUUGGUGUAUAUAUGAUGUGUCCAUGUAUGUAGAUUCAUACUCUUUUGUUUUUAUAUACUGAUCGAUGAAUCUCCCUU